AUGCUAUUCGUCAAUGCUGCCAGAGCAGGAUUUACAAUGGUCGUCAUUAGCGUUUCCACUCCACUCUUCCUUGUUAUGAUUCUUCCUUUGGGAGCAGUUUAUUUUGGAUUCCAAAAGUAUUAUUUGAGAACUUCACGCGAACUUAAAAGAUUAGAUAGUGUCAGCAAGAGCCCCAUCUACGCUCACUUCCAGGAAACCCUCGGCGGCAUCUCUACGAUUCGCGCAUAUAGGCAGCAGGAAAGAUUCUCAAAGGAGAAUGAGUAUCGGAUGGACGCUAACCUUCGAGCAUACUACCCUUCCAUUAGUGCGAACAGGUGGCUCGCUGUGCGUCUAGAAUUCAUUGGCUCUGUGAUUAUCCUUGCAGCAGCCUCAUUCCCGAUUCUGUCUGUGGCAACUGGAGUCAAAUUGUCUGCUGGAAUGGUCGGCCUUUCGAUGUCGUACGCGCUCCAGAUCACCCAGUCCCUAAAUUGGAUUGUGCGACAAACGGUCGAAGUGGAAACGAACAUCGUAUCGGUCGAGAGAGUGCUCGAGUAUGCAAACCUACCCAGCGAAGCGCCUGAUGUCAUUUUUAAGAAGCGGCCGCAGAUUGGGUGGCCGUCCCAGGGUGGUGUACAGUUCAAAGAUUACAGUACCCGAUACCGGGAGGGCCUAGAUCUAGUCUUGAAGAAUAUAAAUCUUCAAAUUCAGCCUCACGAAAAAAUCGGUGUCGUUGGUCGGACAGGUGCAGGUAAAAGCUCAUUGACUUUGUCGUUGUUCCGCAUCAUUGAAGGGACAUCAGGCAGUAUCAGUGUCGACGGAUUGGACAUCAGUUCUAUUGGCCUAUUCGAUUUGCGGGGUCGCUUGGCAAUCAUUCCCCAAGAUGCGGCCAUGUUCGAAGGAACCGUUCGAGACAACCUCGACCCGCGCCACGCCCAUGAUGACACCGAACUCUGGAGUGUUCUCGGCUCGAAUCUAAGCCAAGGCCAGCGACAACUUAUUUCACUAGCCCGGGCCCUCUUAACCCCAAGUAACAUUUUGGUGCUAGACGAAGCCACUGCCGCUGUCGACGUGGAAACAGACGCACUGCUACAGCAGAUGCUGCGAAGCAACAUUUUCCGUGACCGAACCAUCAUCACCAUCGCGCAUCGCAUAAACACUAUCCUGGAUAGUGAUCGGAUCGUCGUUUUGGACCAUGGAUCUGUUGCUGAAUUCGAUACCCCAGCCGCGCUUAUUCAGCGCCGUGGCCAGUUUUACGAGCUUGUGAAAGAGGCUGGGCUCCUGGAAACUAGCGUCAGUGCCGGUAGUGAUACUAACACAAGUACGCCGACACUUCCUUCGUAA